AUGUCAAUCACAAAAUCCCUGACAACGUCAGCUUUCUCGGCUCUAAAGAAUACUACAACAAAGAGAGCGUUUGCCUCAGCAGUAGAGUCCUCACCACCAUCUCCAUUUCCAACGAGUGUUCAAGCAUUCAUAAGAGAUUUCAAAACGAAUGAACCUGUCAGAAUUAUGAACCUGAAUAAAAAUGUAUUUGGAGCACCACUUCGAAGAGACAUCCUUCACCGUGUAGUUGUUUGGCAGAGAGAUGGUAUGCGACAAGGUACAGCCUCCACUAAAACUCGUUCUGAAGUAGCUGGCAGUACCAGAAAGAGACAACCUCAAAAGGGUACAGGUAAAGCCAGACAGAGUGAUGGAAAGGCACCUCAUUUCAGAGGUGGUGGUGUUGCUUUUGGCCCCAAGCCUAGAGAUCAUAGUACUGAUUUGCCUAGAAAGGUUCAGGAGUUCGGUCUUCGUAUUGCCCUGAGCAGCAAAUAUGCCCAAGAUCAAAUGGUUAUUGUUAAAUCAUUGGAAAACUUUUCUUCGUUGAAAACCCACGAUCUGCAUAACAUCCUCAAAACAACGUAUAACUCACCAAAGACUUUGGUUAUUUUGAAUGAUUAUCGCAAUAACUUUGAAUUAGCAGCUCGUAACCUACCUAAUUGUGAAAUUCUAUAUGUGGAAGAAACAAACGUUCUGGAUUUACUAGCGUACGAUAAAGUCAUUAUUGAGAGAUCUGCUGUUAAAACUUUAGAAGAAGCUCUAACACCAAUAGAAUAA